UAUUCUCUUCACUAAUAAUUUUAUUCCUCUUCUCCAUCGGCUUCGGCUGGCCCCCUUUCUCUCUUUCUCCUUAAUUUCCAGCCCUAGCUAGCUAAUAACUACCGCUAUACCUCUCUCUACAAAUUAAUAUAUUUCAAAGAUCAACUUGAGUAAGAGGAAGAAGAAUAAGAAGAUCAAUCCAAAAACAGAAAUAUAUAUAUCAUUAUAUAUAAUUUAGAAGAAUAUAUAUAUAUAUAUAUACAUGGCAUCUUCGUCUUCAAAUUCGCCGUGCGCGGCGUGUAAGUUCUUGCGGCGGAAGUGCCAACCGGAGUGUGUGUUUGCGCCGUACUUCCCGCCGGACCAACCCCAGAAAUUCGCAAACGUCCACAAAGUGUUCGGAGCAAGCAACGUCACCAAGCUUCUGAACGAAUUGCUGCCGAGCCAGCGCGAGGACGCCGUCAAUUCUCUUGCCUACGAGGCCGACAUGCGUCUCCGCGACCCCGUCUACGGCUGCGUCGGCGUCAUAUCCCUCCUCCAACACCAGCUCCGCCAGCUCCAGAUGGACCUCAGCUGCGCCAAAUCCGAGCUCUCCAAGUACCAGAACCUCGGAAUCACCGGCCACGGCCUCAUCGCGGCUGCGGCUGCGGCUGCCCACCACGCUCACAGCCCUCAUCAUCAUCAUCAUCAUCAGAAUCUAGGCAUCAAUCUCAUCUCGGGGGCUGCAUCCGCCCGGGACCACUACCACCACCACCAGUUCUUUCCCAGAGAUCACCACCACCACCACCAGACCGCCGCCCAGCAGAUGAUCAACUACGACGCCAGCAGCCUUCUGGCCAUGAACGUUUCCGCCACCGCCGGCAUCGGGCAACUCACUCCGUUUCAGCAACCUAGGGCCGCCGCCGGGGAUGACCGCCGCACCAUUGAUCCCUCUUAGUAAUAAAUCAUCAUGAGUUUCAGGCACAUUCACUAUUUGAUCAGGGAAAAAGAGACUCUGAAUCAGCACGAGAGAUAGAGAGAGAGAGAGAAUGAGAGAGAGAGAGAGAGAGUAACGUACGUACGUCUUGGUAUUUAAUCUUAAACAUAUAUAUAUAUUAAUUCUAUCUUAAUUAUUAAUUAUCAAAUACCGGUUAAUUAAUUAAUUUAUUAUAGAGACAAUUUUGUUAUAAUCCAUUG